AUGACGGAUGUUAAAGCUCCUAUUGACUGCAUGCUGGGAGAUCUUACAAUGAUGGUAUUAAAAGCAGUGUUACUACUAUUAAUAGUCAUUAAAGAGUACAAAAUCAUGAAUGACGAAAUUGAUGCUAUCGCUAAGGUUAUUUUUGGCUUUCGAGGAGUUGAAAUCAAAUUGAUAACACAAGAUGAUGGGUACUUUUUUGAAACAUUAAAUUCCAUAAGUGAAUUGGAGACGAAUCAGAGUAGAAAAAGAUGCCGAGAGGCAACGAAUGAGAAAUUAGAUGGAUGUGUAACGAAGUGGUUCAAACAAGCUCGCGAUAAGAAGAUCCCCGUCAGUGGCCCAAUACUUCAGAUGAAAGCUCAAGAGUUCGUUAGCGUUUGGAUUGUUCUAACUUCAAGGCGAUUAAUGGUUGGUUGCAGAAGUUCAAACAUCGUCACGACAUUAUCGCGAAGAAAAUGUGUGGGGAAAAAGCAGCUGUCGAUAUGUGUUGACUCCAAGGACAUCUUUAACGCUGACGAAACGACUCUUUUUUAUGGAGGUUUGCCGAAUAAAACGUUAGCUUUCAAGGGAGAAGAUUGUCGCAGUAGCAAGCUAAGUGGAGUUCGCAUCAUCGUUCUUGUUGGAGCUAAUUCUCAUGGAAUUGUGAAGCUUCCGCUUCUAACGAUUGGGAAAUCUGCCAAUCCGCGAUGUUUUAAGAACGUUAAAACGAAGCCAUGCGAGUAUGAGUCUAACAAUAAGGCAUGGAUGACUCGCGAUAUUUUUGAGAAGUGGCUCCUCAAUCCCAAAACUAAGGAAUAUCGACGUAGUAUUUCUACCGCAAAACCAAAGUUUUGCAAGCUUUAA